CCUGGCGGAGGCCCGGAGGGGCGGGCUGAGGCGGUCGGUGGGCAGGAAGGCGCUAUGGCGGCGGUGGCCCAGUGCGUGCGGGCCGCGCUGCGACCGCGGUACCCGCUGCUGAGCUUCUCCCUGAGGACUUCACCACGACUGCUUUGCGUAGCAACACAACAGAAGAAUACUGGCCAGAACGUGGAAGAGGACCAGAGUCAGAGCCAAAAUGAGCAGAAGGUUGAAGCCAGCUCUGCUGAAAAAAUGUUAACUGAAGAAAAGGCCAAACUGGAAGAACAACUCAAAGAGGUUACCGACAAGUACAAGCGUGCCUUGGCAGAUGCAGAAAACGUGAGGCAAAGAAGCCAGAAACUGGUAGAAGAGGCAAAGUUAUAUGGGAUUCAGAGCUUCUGUAAGGACUUACUAGAAGUCGCAGACAUUCUGGAGAAAGCAACAGAAAGUGUUCCAAAAGAAGAAAUCAAAGAUGAAAAUCCUCACCUGAAGAGCUUAUACGAAGGUCUCGUUAUGACAGAAGUACAGAUUCAAAAAGUGUUUAAAAAGCACGGCCUGCUCAGACUGAAUCCCGUCGGAGCCAAGUUCGAUCCCUACGAACACGAGGCCUUGUUCCACGCCCCCAUGGAAGGGAAGGAGCCCGGCACUAUCGCAUUAGUAUCCAAGAUUGGCUACAAGCUGCACGGGCGCACGCUGCGGCCUGCCUUGGUGGGGGUGGUGAAAGACGCUUAACUGCUUCAUCUCAGAAUUUAAAAUGCCAUACAACUAUUAAACAGCUGGAUGGUUUUUCCUCUUACACCUUGCUUUCCUCAUUCCUCUGCCCCCCGAGAGGUUUAAAUGAAUUGGUUGAGGUCCCCUAGUGAAAAUGAAGCAACGGCUGAAAUUCCCCUGCUUAGUGGCCGUCAACAUCACUGUUCCGUAAGCUCCCUUCUUAAGUGGGAAAUACAAGAGCCAUUAAGCCCUCUAAUGCUUUAGAUUAGAUAACAUUUAUUACAAUUACUGCUACUGAAGGUGCACUAAAUUGAAAGGAACGAAAAUGCUCACAAGACUUCCCAUCUCACAUUUAUCACUAUGUGUAGAUUAAGGAUCCAAAUAAUGGUUCAAACACUUUCUUUUGUAGAAUCUAACAUUGCAGAAGUGGGUGAAGUAGUACAAAUAACCUGUUUUCUGCAAGAGUCCAUCAGCUUUUACACACAGAUGUGAUAAAUGCCCUUUUUUUGUCUAUUCAGAAGUAAUCACUCGCAACAAGUGAAAUUGAAACCUUUGUGAAUUCUGACCUGUAAAUAAAAGGCAAAGGAGAGUAGACAACUUUUGUAAUUGUUCAACCUUUUUUUGUUCUGUACUAACGUUGACUCAAGAAAACCAUCUAAUACUUGUAUGGCAUUGAAGAACCAAUCGAAUUUAUCCUAUCUCUGGAUUUUUAAUUUAAUAUUGUAUAAAUUGUUUUAAACAAUUUUGAUAGUCUUGUAAUUUCCAAGCUUUACAAGUCAGUUUGUUAUGCAAACUGUAGUUACAACCCCGCUGAAAGCCAGAAUACCCAAAGAAGCGAGUAGCUGAGAGUUUGGUAUAUGCUGUCUUUUGGAAUUACAUAAAGAAUUGCAUGGAAGUGGCUCAAACAAAA